AUGGUGGUGAUAAGAGCUGAUUCUCAUCUUAAGACACCAAUGUACUUCUUUCUCUUCCAUUUAUCCUUUCUUGAUAUCUGCUAUUCCUCAGUCACGGUGCUUAAAAUGCUGAUGAAUUUCUUAGUAGAGCACAAAACUAUUUCUGUCAAUGGCUGCAUGGCCCAGAUGUUCAUUUUUAUCCUCGCAGCUGGUGCUGAAAUUUUCAAUCUCUCAGCAAUGGCUUAUGACCACUAUGCUGCCAUCUGUGACCUAUUGCGUUACAUGGAAAGAAUGAGCAAAGGGAUUUGUGUUCAGCUGGUGAGUGGGACAUGGACAAUUGGCUUCUUCCAUGCCCUGCUUAACACUGUUUUUAUCUCCAAGCUGCGUUUCUGUGGGCCCAAUGAAAUCAAUCAUUUCAACUGUGAAUUCCCUCCUCUAUUACAUGAAUCCUCCACUGACACCCUCACCAAUCAACUGGUGCUUCUUACUUCUGUUGUGAUAUUUGGGUCAAGCUCCUUCCUCCUCAUGCUGAUCUCCUACAUUUACAUCAUGUUCACCAUCUGGAGGAUACGGUCUGCGGAGGGCAAGCAUAAUGCCUUCUCCACCUGCAGCUCCCACCUUAUUGUGGUUGGUUUAUGGUACCUGACUGCCUUUUUCCAGUACACAAAACCCAGCUAA